AUGGCUGCCGAGCGAUUCACUCCCGUUGAUCUGAUUCAAUUAGCAAGGCCUGGUGUUCCGGUGACAUCGCCUAAUGGCACAUUUGCAGUCUACUCACAAUCAGCAUACAACAUUGAGCAGGCCAAGACUGUUCGCAACCUCUACCUCUUGAAUGUCAAGGAAAACUCUGUCCAAGAAUUGACCAAGCCUUCAUUCGACACUGCUGAUACCGAGCCUUUCUUCUUGGAUGAUCAGCAUAUCGCCUAUUUCCACCAUCAAGCAGAUUUAGACGACAAGGUAGAUCAGCUCCAUGUACUCAAUUUAGCCGACAAAGAAACCUACCGUCUCUCCAAUUUCCCCGUUUCCGUUGAAAACGUCAAAUAUAACAUCAAGCACAAGUUGUUGGCAUUCUCUGCUGCCGUCUACAACGAAUUUGAGGAUCUUGAGAGCACAGCAGAAAAGGACAAGGAGAUUGAAGCCAACAAAAAGGACACAUCCUUGGUUUAUGAUCAGCUUAUGGUAAGACAUUGGGAUGGCUAUGUUAAGGAAAAGAAGAACAACAUCUUUGUGGUGCAUCUCGAGGUCAACGAUGACAAGUAUCAGCUCAAGGGUAGACCUGUCAAUGUGUUGAGACACACUGGAUUGGAAUCGCCCAACUUUCCUCAAGGCGAUGCUAGUGAUUAUGAUAUUUCUCCGGAUGCUUCUCAAAUCGCCUUUGUGGCCAAGAUCAACUCUGAGGACAAUGCCUGGCAAACAUCGGCCCAUGUCUACACUGUGUCCACCAGCGGUCAAGACGAGCCUGUGGCCAUCAACAAGGACAUCCCUGCUGCUUCUUCGAAUCCUCACUUUACGCAAGCUGGCCAGUUGGUCUACUUUCAAAUGUACACACCCCAGUAUGAAGCUGAUCGCAACCGUAUUGUUGUCUAUGAUCCUGCUACCGAGUCCAGAAAAGUCAUUGCCGAGUCCUGGGACUCUUCUCCUCAUGAGGUAACCUCUUCCCUUGACAGCAAGACACUCUACGUCACUGCCGAGCAAAAGGGUCGCAACAAGAUCUUUGCUAUUGACCUCGACACGGAAUCCAUUGACACCUUGACCGAAACCAAGUACGCUGCUGGUUUAUCUGUACUCCCCUCUGGUGACAUCUUUUACGGCGCUAGCUCCAUGAAGCAUCCUGUGGCUCCUCAUGUGUUGAAUGUCGAAACCAAAGAAAUCAAGCCCUUGGCCAUUGAGAGUGGAUUGGCCGAGAAAUUGGCCACUAUUGAGUUUUCAGAACCUGAGGACAUUACUUUUACUGGUGCUAUGGAUCAAGAGGUGCACGGCUGGUAUCUCAAGCCAGCUCACUUUGAACAAGGCAAAAAGUAUCCUGUUGCCUUUUUGAUCCACGGUGGACCCCAAGGCAGCUGGAACGACAACUGGUCUACUCGCUGGAACCCCCAGAUCUUUGCUGGUGCUGGUUACGCUGUUGUCGCUAUCAAUUUCCAUGGAUCCACAGGUUAUGGUCAAGCGUUCACUGAUUCUAUUGGACAAAACUGGGGAUCUCAUCCAUUCUAUGAUCUGGAGACAGGCCUUGAUUAUGUACUCAACAAGUUUGACUAUCUUGAUGCAGAGCGUGUCGCUGGCUUGGGUGGAUCUUAUGGCGGCUUCAUGGCAAAUUGGCUGAAUGGCCACAGCAACAAAUUCAAGGCGCUUGUGAAUCACGAUGGCGUCUUUUCUACCACACAAGUUUACUAUACCACAGAUGAGCUCUACUUUGCCGAGAAGGAGUUUGGCGGAUCGCCUGUUCAUGCCGACAAGCGAGAGGGCUAUGAGAGAUGGUCUCCUUCCAACUUCGUGCAAAACUGGAAGACACCUAUGCUGGUGAUUCAUGGCGGCAAUGAUUUCAGACUGACAUUUGGUGAAUCACUGUCCACUUUUACAGCAUUGCAACGCCAAGGCGUCCCAUCUCGUUUGCUGUAUUUCCCUGAUGAGAACCACUGGGUGCUGAAGCCAGCCAACUCGCUGAAAUGGCACAAAGAAGUGCUUGAAUGGAUUGGCAAAUACACGGCUGACCCUGAGAACAAUAGCGCACCCUCUCUUCGCCUACAAAAGCAAUAG